AUGGCGAAUAAGGAUUUAUUGUCCAAAUCGGCAUUGGAUGAGGUGUCUGAAUCUCCCCGGGACGAUGCACAAGGCGACGAGUCAAAGGAAGUCUCGUUGGCUGAGUCCAAUGACGGCAAAGUACCGCCUCCUUUGAAAGCCCGGCUAUUUGCAGUCGCCUUGAUUGCAUGUAUCAGUUUUGGUUCACACUGGAGCUCGGGCGUGACUAGCGCUAUGAAGAGCACAAUUAAAAAGAAAAUGGAUAUCGACAAUGUUCAAUUCGCGUUGCUGGAAGCUAGUGAAGACUUCAUGGCCACUGUUCUAUUGUUGCCGAGCGGAUUACUUACAGACCGUGUUGGAGGCGCUGAAAUGAUCGUCUACGGAAACAUCGUCUAUACCAUCGGCUCUAUACUGGUCGCAGCUGCGGCAACCAUGCGAUCGUUCAACUUCAUGAUUGGAGGUAGAAUCAUUCUGGCCUUCGGCGAUAUUGCUACGCAGAUUGCUCAAUACAAAAUGUUCUCCUCUUGGUUUGCACCGAGCAAUGGCUUCGCGUCUACUCUGGGAUUUGAGUUGGCCAUCGGAAAGGUUGGCGGAUUUAUUGGCAAAUCUACUGCUAAUGUUAUCGCAAAGAAUACGGGUAAUUUUGCCUGGUCAUUCUGGACAUCGGUUUUCAUGAACCUAUUCACGAAUGCGGCCACCGUUGUUUUCUGGUUCUUUAAUAAGUAUAGUGAUCGACACUUCAGCGGGCGGCGCGACGAUGCGACAAACGAACAAUUGACGGAGAAGAACAAAAAGUUUGAAUUGAGGAAGGUGUUUGAAUUACCAUGGUCAUUCUGGGCAGUCAUGGCGUUCUCGCUUUUCCAGACUAGCACAUCUUCGGCAUUCAGCACGAACGUGACGGAACUGGCCGAGCAAAGGUUCAACGUGAGCGCGAUCAAGGCCGGAUGGUACAGUUCGCUGUCGGAGUAUGCAGGUUGUGUUUUGGUCCCGGUUCUUGGUAUCUUUAUCGAUGUUCUUGGACACAGAGCGUCCGUCAUGUUCACCUGUGGGCUUGGAAUGCUACUUAGCAUGGUCCUCCUCAACUUUGCUCCAUCCAAGGCUGGCACCGGUGCGUCAUUCGGGAUCUAUGCCGUCGCAAUGUCAUUCGGCCCGACUUCGGUCAUCGACAGUAUCCGCACAACUCUCUGGAAUCAGUCGGUCUUUGGGUCUGCCUAUUCACUCAAAGUCACGAUGAAUAACGCCAUGACCAUUAUUUUGCGUAUAAUCACGGGGGCGCUCCAGGACGCCGAUGACGACAGUUACGAUCGCGUAGUGCAAGUGUACCUCUUUAUGGCCGCUGGAUCGUUGGUUGUCGGAAGUGCCAUUUUGAUCGGAUCUUUCGUGAGCCCGUACCUCGCGGUCUUGCAGUGGACUCGGAAAAAGAGGUUAACGAUGGGAGCUGAGGUCAUCCAAGCAAAUAAAGAGCGCAGCUUGGUGGCGCACGCCAAGCAGACCCGGGUAAUUUCACUGGGUUGUUUUGGUAUGCUCUUGUUUGUGACGAUGGGUGGAUGGGUUGCAUACAUUUGGGGUGCCAUCACCGGCCACAAUUCUUAA